UUUGAUAAAUCUCCCGAUCAUCUCUCCCAUAGAAAUGAAUGGAGUGCGUGCUGUCUACUGGUAGACGAUCGCUUAGAGCCGGGGUCCCAGCAGUCAGACAAAAUUCAGCUUUUGCAAGAAUGUUUGAUGACGAUUUUCUAAAUGUGCAUGAAAUUGGAUUUGUCAAUUCAUUCUAUGUGAAUCCCGCCCGAUAGAUUUACCUGGCCAACAUGAGACCAUUACUAUCGCAUUGCUUCUAGGGGAGAAUGUGACCUAAGGAACGAGAGGAGCCCUGUGGCCUGGGAAAUUUACCAUAGAGGAGACACAUCCCCUAGUUCUGGCCUGUGAGAGGACCCUCCUUAUCCACCAGGAACAGGUCUGCAGACACUUUCCGCAGCUCCGGCUGAUUAUGACGGCCUGGCUCUGCUGUUCUUACCAGCCGGUAUCUUACACGUAACAUUUUCUUCUCUCUCUAAAGCAACCAUGCAGUACUGUACUAUGUCAGCCCUCUUCCCAAAUCAAAGAUGGCGGCGAACACCCCUCCCUUGCUCCAUGGGUAGCUCCAUCCCUGCUUCGUCACGGCCUCGCCUCUCUCCUGGUCCAAAGGGAGGAGGAGAGGCGUCCCGCUCGGCGGCCCCUGUGACGUCGGUGCGGGAGCUCGGUGUGUUGCUGUGCAGGGCCGGAGAGACGCAGAGUCCCAUCCUCUGCCCGCGCCGUCUCUGUACCGAGCUUGGAGCCACGGGAGGUGCCCGGAUGUGCCGGAGAACCGAAGCCGUGAAGCAACAUGGCGGAGAAACAUCUAACGGCCCAAGAAGAACGGUUCUUCAGACCAAGGUUGGAUUAUGCAAAACCAAGAGCAAAGUGAUCUGAGACAGACCAUGAAAGUAGUGCAUCCAGUCCUUUUCAGUUAUGAGCUGCAUAUUCAAGAACACAGACAUAUUCCGGCAAUUGAGGAAUUUAUUUCCGAACUGAAGAACCAGGAACAACCGCAAGUGGUUACAGUGCCUCCUAACACUGCUGUGAAAUUUUUAAUGGCUCGGAAGUUUGAUGUUUCUAGAGCAGUUGAUUUAUUUCAGGCUUACAGAAACACCAGACUUAAGGAAGGGAUUUACAACAUAAAUCCUGAUGAAGAACCUUUACGCUCUGAGCUACUUAGUGGUAAAUUUACGGUUUUACCCGGAAGAGAUGCAAAUGGAGCAGCACUAGCCUUGUUCACUGCUAGACUUCAUCGGCCGGAUGUAACCACACAUAAGGCAGUUCUCCAGGCUAUUAUCUACCAGCUAGAUAAAGCCAUUGAGAGGGUAGAGACACAGAGGAAUGGGCUAAUUUUUAUUUAUGAUAUGAUAAAUUCCACUUAUGGAAACUUUGAUUAUGAACUCUGUGUAAAGAUAUUGAACCUUUUAAAGGGUGCUUUUCCUGCACGGUUAAAAUGUGUUUUUAUUGUAUCCUCUCCUCUUUGGUUUCGAGCACCAUUUGCUGUUUUACGUCUUUUCGUCAGAGAAAAGCUGAGAGAACGGGUGCGCACAGUAAAAGCCCAUGAGUUGGUAAACCACAUACCGAAGGAAUCUUUACCAGAGCAUUUGGGAGGAACAUCCAAAAUAAGCCACGUUGCUUGGAUACAGGCAUGUGUCAAUUCUAGACAAGGCCAAGAAAAUGGAGACUGCAUGGACCACCUCUUUGUUAUAUACUCAACUGAGCAAAAUCCUGUUAGUGAUAGACUAAACUCGAAUUGCACCCAGCAGAAUGUGACUGACAAUACCAGACUUCUUCACAAUCAUUACCAUGAAAACAGGACUAAGAAUUAUGCCGAGACACACAGAGUAAGUGGCUGUGUGCACUGGAAUGGUUCUGCUGUUAGUGGCAACUACGAUUGUUGUGAUAAAAGCUCCAGCGCAAAUACAAACUGCAGGAGGCCGCCUCCCCAAUCGGAGACUCCUCCGGACACUCCAUUGUAUAAACAGCCUGCUGACAAUCCUUCCAUCCCACCUUUACCCCAGAAAUCUCGACCACUGCCUGCAGACAUGGAGCAAUCCAUACAUAUGCCUGAAGAAGGAGGAAUGACCGUACUAGCUUUGGUACAGCACGUCAAGAGGAUGAAAAAGAGGGGAAUUUUUCAGGAGUAUGAAGAAAUUAGAAAAGAGCCACCAGUCAGUUCUUUCGAUUUAUCAAAGAAGCCUUACAAUCAAGCCAAGAACAGAUACAGUGAUGUCCUGUGCUUAGACCAGUCCAGAGUUAAGCUGGGACUUAUUGGCACAGAUGAGACCACUGACUACAUUAAUGCCAGUUUUAUGGAUGGAUACAAAAGAAAAAAUGCCUAUAUAGCUACUCAAGGUCCCUUGCCAAAAACCUUUGAUGAUUUCUGGCGGAUGGUGUGGGAACAGAGAGUUUUAAUAAUUGUUAUGACGACAAGGGUAAUAGAAAGAGGUCGUAUAAAAUGUGGACAGUACUGGCCUCUUGAAGCUGGAAGAAGUGAAGAUUCUGGGCACUUUAUUAUUAGGAACAUUCAUAUAGAUCUCUUCCAAGACUUCAAAUUAACCCAUCUGGAUCUCUAUAAUAAACAGACCAAUGAAAGCCGAAGUGUUGCCCAUUACCAGUACAUGAGUUGGCCUGAUUUUGGCGUGCCUAAAUCUGCUUCUGCCAUGUUGGACUUUAGAGCCCAAGUAAAGCAACAUCAAGCCAUGGCUGUUGAAGCAUUGGGGUCUGAGUGGACUGGACAUCCUGCAGGGCCACCCAUAGUGAUUCACUGCAGUGCAGGCAUUGGGAGAACAGGUACUUUUUGUACUCUGGAUAUUUGUUUAUCCAGGCUGGAAAACAUUGGAACAGUGGAUGUACUACAGACCGUGAAGAGAAUGAGAACUCAACGCGCUUUUAGUAUUCAAACAUGGGAUCAAUAUUACUUUUGUUACAUGGCAAUUAUUGAAUACGCACAAAGAAAAAGCCUCCUUGCCCCUGUGGAAUGGUCAGACACUGAAUUUGAGACAGAUAGCGAGUAAUUAUGCCCUCUCCAUGGUACUUGGCCAUAGCUGGUCCAUUGUAAACUAGGUGGUGCUGGAAGGCUCUGUUCCCUUGCUGCCAUGCAGUAAAGUGCAGGUCCCUUCAGUACACCGCUGGUUUGAGCUAUUAAUGCACUGGAAAGUGUCAUAAUUUAUUGUAGCAUGAAUGCAAUGGAGUAACUUGCACAUCAAUUUCUAGACUUGAACUAAAUUGUACUUUUUUUUUUUUUUUCCUUUGCUGUUCUGUGCAGAAAGAACUAUGUACAAUGUGUCACAGAUCCCUUUGUAAAGUGUGUAGUAUCUUGUAGAUUUGUUUAGUCCUCAUUUUUAUGAUUUUGUAUGUAAAUUGUAAUGUGUCCUUGAACGAUUGCUUCAAAGUCUGUAACGUUCAACCAAUGCCACAAAGUAAAGGUCCACAUACCUGGUCACUUUGGCACUGAUGUAUAUAGCUAACAGGAUACGAGUUUUACAAUUGGAUAAAUCCUCAUGGGAGAACUGAAGGUUGUGUCCAAACGAAUUACUGGUUAGAAGUGUUAUGCAAACUCUUACUCAUUUUCCCUUCUUUCAGCAGUGGGAGGGUUAAGACAAAGGCCUUAAGCUAUGUUUGGUUUCCUUUGGGAUGCUAAAACUGAUGGUUAUGAAAAGCUGUUUUGUUUAGUAUUUUUUUGUUUUGUUUGUUGUUUUUUUCCUUUUGCCAGACACUACAUGUAGUGUAUGGAUUUGUGUACAAUAUUACACUGCCUGCAUUGAUGUGCCUUUUUAAUGUAUUAUGUGUAGCACAAAAGUCAUAAUUUAUCCAAAUUAAAAAGACAAAUGCUUGCAUUUAUAUUCUCAGGGGCCUCUUUCUAAUUUCCAUGUUUAUUAGGGGGAAAGGAAUCAUUAUUUUUUCUUGAGUCCCUUACAUGUACUUGAGAACAGAAUUCUUUAACAGUUAUAUUAUUUGAAUAUUGAUAACAUGUUUCUUUAAUUUAAUUAUUUUGUACUUUAACAGUAUUACUUUUUUCCUCCAGUUUGGUACGACCAACUACAUGACAGUGGCGGCAUAAAAGACAAAUGAACCCAGCUACUGUAUUUAUAAGCUUACGUAAUCAUUGUAAAUGUUAUAUAUGCUUUGGGAUUGCAAAGAUAGAAUGCAUUUAUUUCAUUGCUGUAUUUAAAGUUACAGGACACGUUGGUACGAGGCUGGCAAAUACAUGGAAAACUAGGAUGAACUUGUAUGUCAGAUUAAAUAUUUCUUUAGCCUUAAUGUUUUGUGGGUUUUCUUUUUAUCCAAUUUGUACUGUGGUUGUAACAUAAACAGAAACAAUUCCACCAUAUUAUUAAACAUAGU